GGUCCUGAUUCCAAGCCCAGACCCACGUGCUUCAAACUUGUGUUGAUCUAAAAGGGGGCUUUUUUGCAGUGUCUCCAGGUAACAACAGAUUGUGCAAGAAUAGCAAGAAAUAGCAGGCAGUUUAUGGUGGAGCUAAUGGGACUUUACAACUGGUUUUUGCAACUACAAACAUUCUUCAAUAUUAUGUGUUUGGUGAAGACUUUCAACAACAGCCUGAAGCACAUGCCUUUCUCCUCUGGUUUUUGUGCUGGGAACACACACAGCAUGAACUCUUACAGCUAAUUGUACAACACUUUUAUGUCAUGCCUUACCUUGCAGACACUACUAAUCUACAAUUCAUCAGUUUUUGGUUAGGUACAGUGGGAUGGAUCUUGGUAACAGUAGCAGUUGGACUCAUACAGUGGAGAGUAUGGUACGUGGCAGACCAAACCAUCAUAACCUCUGGGGUGGCCUGGGUUGGUAUUUGGCGGACUUGUUUCUUCAGUGACCGGCUGGUGUCUCCUGAGUUGCGAGUGAUGUACUGUCAGUACAUCAGCAUGUUGGACACCUUCACCCCAGUGGAGAUAUGUGUCUCUCAAGUUCUCAUGGUUCUGGGCAUAUUCGCAGGAGCUGUCGGAAAUGCUGUUUCUGUUUACACUUUUAGAAACAUCUUCUUCAGAAUGAAUGAGGCUAGAUCUCUAAGGAUUACUUUUUCUUUGGGUGGGGCUCUGUAUAUUCUCUCUAGUGUGUGUGUUGUAAUUUCUGUUGGCUGGAAUAUAAACUCUGUGCUGAGAAACCACACAAUAGACUUCCCAGCCAACUUUUACAUGCCCUCGUCUCCCUCGACCCAAGAAGUUGGCUCUGCUAUUUAUGUUGGAAUCUCAGCUGCUAUUCUGCUGCUGUUCAGUGGGAUUGUGUUUGUCUGCUACAUGUUUCCAGAAAGACAUGGUCCCAGAAUCUAUCUAGAGGAUAGCUUAGAGUCCAUCAAUGUGAGUUCAUUGAACCCUUCCAACUCCAGAUGUACUCCAUCUGCAGUUAGUCGUGAUAAUCAAAGCUCUCAUGAACUUGCCAUGGACAAUCCAGCUUUUCAGUCCCAUGAGAAUAUAACCAUUUUUUAG